AUGCCAUCACUCAAUUCGCAUGAAAAUAUGAUAAACGAAUCGCCGGGAGGUGUUAUGGAGGUGGUUGGAAAGAGGGAACGAAAAGUUCCAUUGAGGCAUUUGGAUUUCAUAUCGGAAACUGAUGACGAGGAGAGUAUGGAGGAUGGUAUUGAACUGAAGCAAUGUGACGGUGCUGACGCGGUAAAUGCUUUGCGUUUUUGA